AUGAUAGCUGCUCCGACUGCCCCGAGGCUAAAGUCAUUGGAGAAAGAAACACUUUCCGUCGAGAAAUGGAUCGACUCCCUCUCUGAUGCUAGCUCAGGCUCAAACCAUAGUGGAUCGUCUAAGGGCUACCAUCGUACCAGCGCAUGGAUUCCUGAGGGAUCCCUAUACCCUCCAGGUGAUUACGCCAGUGCUGUUGCUGCGGCCCGGAGCCGGUCGUACCAGAGGAUGUACUCUGAUUAUUCCUCGACCUCCGCCUCGGGGACAGGUUCUACUGUGUACCCAAAGCAACAGUUCCAAGCUGAAAAGUAUUCAAAACGUGUCUCCACCACUAACCACCGGUACACGGUGCACAGCCAAACACCGUCGACGCAUGGCAAGGACCCCGUCGACAAUCCGUUUUUUGGGACAAGGCCGACUCCCGGAGUAGUUCAACCUCAGCGGCGGGGGAAAUUGUCCGUUUCCUCGCUGCGCGACCUAUCACUCCGCUCCUCAGCACCCUUGGACUCGCCUUAUGGCUAUCGGAAUUAUCGAGGCCACACGCCUUCCUUCUAUUCGCGCCCCAAGCCAAUUGACUGCCGCGCCCACGAGAGAAGGCGCUCGAUUGCGACACACGAAAUGAUCAAUUCCCUGCGUUCCCAGUGCGCGACUCUCGCAACACACAGGCCAGAAUGGAAGGCGUACUCCAGGCAUACUAGUAGCAGAGGGGCAUCCUUCGCGCAAGUUUCCGCCGCCCCGAGGUCUCUUCCGCCAAGCACUCGCAGGCGGGGCCGGAAAUGGAUGGAGGCUGACUUGAACUGGGCGGGGAGCGAUUCGGAAUCUAUACCCUCUUUGGAGUCAGACUUCGGUUCACGACUCUCGUUGGUCUAUCCCAGAACCAUAAUCUCCCCGCCCUCCCAUAGAAUGUACCAAUCGCGUGCCCGACUGGGUCAUUCGAGAUCCAAAAGCACAAUUUCCAUAAGUCGAGGAGGUUCCUGCUCCGAGUCGUCGGAGGAGUUGGUUUGGUCUCUCGGUGGUCGGGCUGGCUCGUUGGCGAGAGGGAGCACCGUAGUGGCGAAGGAGCCGGCUCUGCGAAGACCACAGAUGUGGAAUACCAACCACCGGCGUUUCCAUUCCCAGUCUCUGCCCCCUUCAGCAUUGGCCAAGGUCACCAGAAAGUCCGACAGGCGACGCAGUCACGGAGCGUUAAAGAUGGUUCGCUUUGCUCCUCUCCCUACGUCCAAGAAGAUCAACCACGAAGUGACGCCUUCGACGUCGUCUUCGAGUACUUGGAGCUCAUCGUCUACGGGGUUAUCAGCACCUGCAUCAGACAAAGAGGCAAAUGUGGUCCCAUCCUCACUGAACUCGACUCAGCGACUCAGACCUGUCGAUGGAUCCGUUCCUAGCACACCUGUGUCAUCCAAAUGCGGUGAAACCACGCCAAAUCCCCUGGGACCUCAGCAACAUCAGGUAAAGAUGGAACCGGAUAAACCUUCGCCCUUGGACGUGUUCCCUUAUCCAAAAGACCAUUCCUUAGAUGAUCCUGAUUCAUCGAAGACUUCCAAUAAUCAACCUCUCUCUCGUUCGCCGUCUUCCCACUUCUUCAGUAGAACCUUUUCCCGGCGGUCUUUGAGUAGGAUUAUCCGGUCGGAAACGGGCACCAGAGGCGACGUCGAGAUGAACCGAGUUUCAAGUACCUUCAAAUCGCGAAUCGUGGACGAGAAUGCUGGGAGAAGAGACACGCCAGCGACCCGCGCUCAACAGAAAAGUCGGAUCCCCCUUCCUCUCAGAACGAUUCUUCGCCUGAAGUAG